CACCUUUCAACGGAUAAAUACCCCUUCUGGACUCAUCUUCUUCCUCUCGCCACUGAAUCUUAACCCGACCCGAAUUCCGACUGCAAUUUCCCCAAAAUCCUUGUCUUCUUCUCUGUAAUGGCCCCUACAAACCCCGAAACCUGGAUCCACGAACCUUCAAUUAUCAAGGAAAACGAACUUCGAGAGAUGGCCGUGCUCCUGGGCAAGGGCUUCCGGGUCCACCAUCCCGAUGCCGUUGGGGGGAUUAGUUUAACCUACAAUCCAAAUCCCAAGAAAUAUAUGGUCAUGCAGUACCACUUUGUGGAGAAUGGAUUUAGGUUGCCCCUCCACGGCCUGCUCCGCGACCUUUGCCUCCAUUUUGGAUUUGCUCCGGGUCAAUUGACUGCCAACGCGCACAAGUAUGUCGCGUCCUUCAUCCUACGGUGCUGUGCCCUGGACAAAACCCCGACACUGGACGAAUUCCUUCUCCUUUUCAGCAUCGGUGGUUUUCCCUUUUACAGUCUAUACCCCCACAAUCAUUUUCCUAUUUUUGAGAAGGUCGAGCUCAAGAUCGACAAAUGGGCGCUUAAAUACUUCGUCAUUGAAUUCCCGGCUCACAGCCCCAUCGAUCUGCCGGGUGUUGUCCUCCGCCGUUCCAUUUCCCGGACGAAAUUCGCCCAGGCAAACUUGGCGGAGGGCACGUAUAAUGCUUUGAGGGAGAAGGAGGGUCUAAUUUCCCACCACUCUCUCCAAGAGGCUAAACUGUACAAAAAGGCAGGUUUCUAUUAUUCCCUGGGUCCUGACCCGAUUCCCUUUGAGGAGGUACCCUCCCCCGAGAGAUCAAAAGCCCCUUCUGCUGCAGAGUCCAACCCGGCUGCAAGCUCUUCUAGAGAUCGGCCCCAAGGUGGUUCCACUACCUUAGUCGUGCGCAAUCCGGAUGCUGCUCUGAAUGUUGUUCCCAUCUCUGCCAUUCCCGGACUCAAGAGGCCCACUCCCCCCCUGUCAACCUCUUCUGGUCCUCAGAAUUCUUCUUCCGCUGCCACUCCCGGAAGUUUAGGGCUAGAGCUACCCAACCCGGGAAGUCUGGACCAGGAGGCAGAUGAAACUCCAGGCCAGGCGUCACUCACAAAACCUGCAGUGCAACCUCUGCCUGAUGCAAACAAUUCCCCGCCUCAAAAUGUAUCUGCCCUCCUAGAACCGGAGGAAAAAGCUGAGGGGCAGAAAGAACCAGAGUCUUCUCUUGCAGCAGAGGAUGAAGUUGAAGUGCGGCUAGAAGCAGAAAUCUCCCACCCAGAGGAUAAUGGGGCUAGAGAGCACAGAGAUGCUGGAGCUCCCUCAGAGAUGGAGAGAGAGAUUGGGAAUCAACCGGAGCAGAAGGGACAGGGUUCUACGGCCACACUCCCAGCCCCCAAUAUCCCCACCCGGCGUAAGUUCACACCGCAAACUUACUCCGCUUUUACCGAGGGUUGGGAAGGCCUUUCCCGCGGUUUGAGAUCCCUACAAGCCUCCCAUUGGAAUAUCCAGGCGAACCUGGAGAGGAUGAGGGACUCAGUGCAGGGGCCCACAACUCUCCAGACUCGCCCCGACCUGCUUGCCCUCAAUGCCCUGCACUUUAUGGAGCAGGCCCAGCAAUCACUCUUCACUUUGACUGAGGAGUACCUGGGUGGAGCAUCAGGGAACUUCCGGGCUGCAAUGCUCCUGAGGGAGAGGGAUCUGGCUGCCAGGGCCUUGCAACAAAAGGUUGAGUCCCUGGAGCAACAAGUCCAGGUCCUGCAAGGGGAGAAUGCUCGGCUCCAAGCAGAUGGCUCCACGGAGCUUGCAGCUGAGAAAUCCAAGGUCCAGUCCCUGCAAGAUCAGAUUGCCAAUUACCAGAAGGAGACCCAGGAUCUGGAAGUGCAGUUCGAUAGAUUCCGAGCUCAACUCUCAAAUCUGGAAUCCAGGGCCUCAGCUUCAGAGGGCCAGGUAGGAAGCCUGAAAGCUGAGUUGGCUGAAAGGGAGUCCAGGAUCUCUGCGCUGGAGGAAUCCCUCCAGGACGCCAAUCAUGAGAGCUCCCGUCACAAUGAAUUCGCCCUGAAGCAGAUGGAGGCAAGGCGGAUCGUCCUCGAGCAGUUGAAAGGAGAGAGACAGGCUGCAAGUGAGCUCCGGGCAAAGGUGGAUGAACAAGAGAAGAGGGUCGCUGCUCAUCAAGAGGAGGUGGCCACCCUGAUUGCCCGUGCCAAAACCCUCUACGAAGAGGGACAAUUUGACAUGCAGCAAUGCAUCUACGGGGCAGUCCAGAGUGGUCUCCUAGAGAACCGCACUUUGGAUGACUUCAUCUCCUACUAUGGGUUACCUCUCCCUCUUUCUCCCCCAGCUUCUCGUGCAGACUCGGGGCCUUGACUUUAUCCCUCCUUGUUGACUGUCAUAUUUUGCCUUGUAAUUAUUUGGAUUAUGGUAAAUUGAUAACAUCCGAUGUAUUUUUGUUCAUGUAGACUCCUUUAGUAAUCUGACUGUUCUCCUUUUGGUAUUCUUGUUUUGCCCUAGGACUUAGCAGAUUUUUUUACCCGCCUAGGCUUUGGGCUUAAC